UUGCUCGACAAAGAACUUCCCGGUCUUCUUAGGAGCCCUCCAGUCUCCGGCCCAGUCCGCCUGGGCCCGCCCCUCGCGACGAGAUCGCGGGGAGGGGCCCAGGCGAAACCCGAGCCCCGCGCCCACCACCCGGGCGGGCGACGUGGCUCCCCGGCCCCGGCCUCCCCUCGCAGCCCGGCGGCCAAUGGGCGCGUGAGCGGGACCGUCCGGCGCUCCCCUGCCCGCCGCCCGGGGCGCGCCCCUCCGCUCUGGCACGGGGCGGGCGCUGGCCGAGGGGCCGGCCCGUCCCCUCCCUCCCGGCGCCGGCCCUGGCCCCAGCCCCGCCGCCGCCGCGCGCGCUCUGAGCCCCCAUUUCCGAGCCGCCGCUCGUCGCCCGCUCGGAGCCUUCCCGCGGGCCGCGCUCUCCUCCGGACGAUGGCGCGCGGGGGCCGCGGUCGCCACCUGGGGCUGGCCCUGGGGCUGCUGCUGGCGCUGCUGCUGGCGCCUCCCGCGCUGCGGGCCAAGCCCACCGUGCGCAAGGAGCGCGUGGUGCGGCCCGACUCGGACCUGGGCGAGCGGCCGGCCGAGGACAACCAGAGCUUCCAGUACGACCACGAGGCCUUCCUGGGCAAGGAGGACUCCAAGACCUUCGACCAGCUCACCUCGGAGGAGAGCAAGGAGAGGCUGGGGAAAAUUGUUGAUCGAAUCGACAGUGAUGGAGACGGCUUUGUCACCACUGAGGAGCUGAAAACCUGGAUCAAACGCGUGCAGAAAAGGUACAUCUACGAUAAUGUCGCCAAAGUCUGGAAGGAUUAUGAUCGGGACAAAGACGAUAAAAUUUCCUGGGAAGAAUACAAGCAAGCCACCUAUGGUUACUACCUAGGAAACCCCACAGAGUUUCAGGAUACCUCAGAUCAUCACACCUUUAAAAAGAUGCUGCCACGGGACGAGAGAAGGUUCAAGGCUGCAGACCUCGAUAGUGACCAGACAGCCACCCGGGAGGAGUUCACCGCCUUUCUGCAUCCUGAGGAGUUUGAGCAUAUGAAGGAAAUUGUGGUUUUGGAAACGCUGGAGGACAUUGACAAGAAUGGGGAUGGCUUUGUGGAUCAGGAUGAAUAUAUUGCUGAUAUGUUUUCCCACGAGGAGAGUGGCCCUGAGCCAGACUGGGUGCUGUCAGAACGGGAGCAGUUUAAUGAAUUCAGGGAUCUGAACAAGGACGGGAAGCUGGACAAAGAUGAGAUUCGUCACUGGAUCCUCCCCGAAGACUACGACCACGCGCAGGCCGAGGCCAGGCACCUGGUGUACGAGUCAGACAAAAACAAGGAUGAAAAGCUCACUAAAGAGGAGAUCUUAGACAACUGGAACAUGUUUGUUGGAAGCCAAGCUACCAAUUAUGGGGAAGACCUCACCAAAAACCAUGAUGAGCUCUGAUGCACGCUCACCAUAUCAUGAUAGACUGUCAUAGGCUUUCUUUUAUUGUCCUGGAUGGUUGCUACAAUUGUCUCACUUACAGCAGUUAUGUCCCCACAGAAAGCAAAUUUAUCGCCUCAGAUUGGGGUUAAAAUUGUUUUUUACUCAAUAUUUGCUGGAAAUUACUCACCACUAUUCUUUGAGUAACAUUUCUCUUCAAACACAUUAAAAUCUUGGUAAAUUGCAAUGCUUUAUGGGGAUACAUUACUAAAACAUGACUUUUUAGCUUUUUCCAUGAAAUUUGAACUAAAGAAGAAUGAAAUUUGAAAAGCCCUGUUAUUCAGAAGUUGGGUAGGUGGGGAGAGGGCAGUAUAUGGAGUGACUGCUAUGCAUUUUAACUGCAGAUUUUUUGCAUUUCCACCGUUAAUAGUUGGUAAGGGAAAAUUCUGAUUAAGCUUCAGUGGUAUCUCUUCCUACACAGGCUGCUUUCAGAUCAAGGCUGAUUAUUUCAAAUUCUUCCUUCUUGACUGUACUCUGAGCUGUUACUGUAAAUGGCAUAUAAACCUCUGUGCAUUUUUCUGUAUGAACCUGCUAAUGUGCACAACAGAUCCACCCAUCUUUGUUUUUUGUCUUUGUUUUUUUUUACAAUAAGAAGCAAUUAAGAAAGAUAAUGUGAAAAAGAAAGGAAUUUUAAAGGUAGGGAGAAAAGAUGAAUGUCAGGAAAGAUGAAUGUCAAGAACUAUAGGAAAAUGGUAAACACUUUAUUAUACUUGAGAAAUUCUUUUUGACAUUCAAAUGAAGUAGAUCUGAUCUUUGAAAAAGUGACUAGAAAUCCAAUCCAUUUCCUCGCUGAUCUCUGACAGGAAUAGAGAGUGGGGUCCUGGGGAAGCCUGCCUAGUGGAGCUCUGGAACCCAUCUCUUCCAGUCCGGUGAAUCCACAGCCUUCCAACCUACCCUGGGACCACUUACACCACGGAGUUGACAAAGUAGUGUUCCAAGUCACUGGCUAAACUGUAAGAAAGAACUUUCACAGGUUGAAAUUCCACCUUAUAAGUAGAAAGUGAAUGAAUAAAGGAUCCCACUGAGGAUUUUCUACUGUG